CUCUUUUCUCUCUCUGUCUGCAGCUUUACUGUCGCCGUGUCUUUUACUUGGCUUCAAAGGCUUCCUUUCUUCGCCAUCUCAAUGAAUCCCUAAAUCCCAUCUCACAGUGCUCCUACUCUCCAUUACUUUUUUUCUGCCGAAACCCUAGCGAUCUCCGAAAUCUGCUCAUCAAUGGCGUCUCCGAAUCCGUACACAAAGGGACGGUCUCCGCCAAAUCUCGCAAGAGAGUCGCCGCCUAUCUCCUCCGUCCAACCGGCGCCCCGGACUUCGUGCUCCAGCAGCUUCCUCUGUAAGUCCGUCUUCUUCGCUUUGUUUCUUCUCGCCCUGCCGUUGUUCCCCUCCCAGGCGCCCGAUUUCGUCGGGGAAACUGUGUUCACCAAGUUCUGGGAGCUGAUUCAUCUCCUCUUCGUCGGCAUUGCCGUAUCUUAUGGUCUUUUUAGCCGUAGAAAUGCGGAUUCGGGAGUCGAAUUGCAAUUGCGGACAAGUAAUGUCGAUGAGUCUUCGUUGUCUUAUCUCUCUAGAAUGUUCCAUGUUUCUUCGUUUUUCGAUUACGAGUCUGAGUUUGGCCAGAGGAAUGAGAAUCGCUCUGUUAAAGUGAGCAUUCCUACUUCGGAGAGCAGAUUGGAGUCGUUUGUUGCUGAAAGUCAAGUGGACGAUUCGGUUGAAUAUGGUAAAAUCAGUCAGGUCCAAGCUUGGAAUUCGCAGUAUUUUCAGGGAAGAUCCAAGGUUGUAGUUGCACAACCAUCUUACGGCAUUGAUGGUUACACCGGACACAAGCCGUUGGGUUUGCCGGUUAGGAGUUUAAGGUCAGCUUUGAGAGAUAUUCAAGCUCCUGAAGGUAAUUGUUUGUCUCCGAAUCUUGUUGGAGGUGUGAGGGAGGACUUUGGUUCUUCCGGUUAUGUGGAAUCGAAGGAGAAGUUUGAUGAGGCUAGGGCUCCAUCUUCACCUGUUCCACGGCAGUCAAGAUCUGAGAAGAUGGCAGUUAGAGACAAUUUGAGAGGAGGCACUUAUCAUUCAAAUCUUACUCCUCUUCCAGAUGAUGAGCCACAGUUUGAGACCCUCAAAUCAGGAUCUGUCCGGUCUAUCUCGUCUUCUUCUACGCAGGGUAGUUUUGUAUCACAUACUCAUAGUAGAUUCUCGCCUUCACAUUCUGCUUCGGCAGAUUCAUUAAAUUCAAACGCGGAGGAAUUGGGUGAGGAGCAGAGUCUCCAUGGGUCAUCACGGUCUAGUUCACCACCCCUUUCCCCAUCGCCAUCACCCCCUCUGUUAUCACCAAAAUCGGUUACCGAUGAUACUCAUAGGCGCUUGUCCCAUUCUCGACAUUAUAGCGAGGGUUCUUUGUUUGAGGAGGCUGGAAGGAGAGGCUUGGAAGAGGAGUUGGAUGGGGGUAAUAAACUUAGAGGCAGAAGAACAGACUUCCUCACUAGGAAAGAGCCGGGAUCUAGAUCAUUAAAAUUAACUGGUGAGGAUUUCAGAAAAGGAUGCAGUUCUCGUAAAUCUUAUCCUCCUGAUUCCGUCUCACAUACCUUGGGUGGUGGUGAUUCCCCGACUAGAUGGCAUCCUCAGCAAAAGAGUUUGCUUGAGGACACUAUGGGGAGAAGCUGGGAGGAGGACCCUAAUCAUCUUAGGGAAAAGUUGAAGAAUAAUUCGCAGAAGAGAGUAGGUGUGAAUCAAGGUUCUCUAGAAACGGAAACAGAUGGUUAUGACCAAGACCGAAAGUUGCAUGAAUCUUCUCCUCAAGGUGCCUUAUCCCCACCGAUGAGCGAUAAAGUUUCAAGCAAUGUGACAGAUGCUAGGCUUGAGGGUUGUGGCUCUUCACAGGACAAAGACGUGAAGAGAAACCCAGAGGAUGAUUCUAUGAAUUUCGGCAGGUCCAGAAGAAGUGACCGUCAUGGUAAUAAGGAGUUGAAAGCUGGUACUAAUCUCCGAUGGGAAUCAAAUUCCGGCAAAGCCGGUAAUAAAGCUUCGGCGAUAGGAAGGUCUGUUAGGACAGUUAGAUCCAGUCGGUAUGCCAAAGAUCUUAACGAAGAGGGGGAAACAUCUGAUGGCUGGGCAGAACACCGGGGAAGAACAAAAUCGAGAAACCAAAGACAAGAUGACAAUGUACCAAAUGAAACAAACACGGAAAAUCUUGGUCAAACUCGUGCUAAAUCAAAGCCGAGAUAUUUUGAAGACAGAAAUGGUAAGGGUAAACAGGCAUCUAAGAGUUACAUAAUGAUGGAUGAUGAUGGAGACGAGCAGGAAAAGGAAGAGAAGGAAGCCGAGGAACCUCGAGUAAGGAUAGAGGAAGAAAGUGGCCGGGGAAGUGUGAGCGAUGCCGGGACUGACCCUAACGAGGUAGACAGGAAAGCGGGAGAGUUCAUAGCCAAGUUUCGGGAACAGAUAAGGCUUCAGAAACUGACGUCGGGUGAACUGCCUAGAGGAAUUGGUAAUAUCGGCGGUGGUGGCCAUUUCAGAUGACAGUACUGAGACUGAGAGUCACAUACCCGAAUCCAAUGUAUGCUUCUUCUACCGUCUUCUCUGGUUUUCUUUUAUUGCUUAUUAAUUUAUCUGCGUGUUGCCUCUUGAUGUCUAAAUCUAUUUGAGUGCUCGUGGCUUUUGUUUUGUUA